UCAGAUCAUCGACUACAGGAUGCACUUCUAUCUUGAGUGAGGCGUGGACAGAAGUAUAAUUACAGCUCAUAAUGGCAAGUACAAGCAAUCUCAGUGCUGAGACGGCUUGUUUUCAAGAAGAGUUGAGUGAAUCACAGUGGAAGGCAUGUUCAGAUUUUGAAAAAGAAGAUCGGAACCAGAGUCUGUUUUGUAAUGCUUGCCCUGCACAAGGUCGUAGGCAAUCAAAACCAAGAAGAUGUCCACUUACCAUGUGUGUGUACAAAGACAGAGAAUUGUACCUGCAGGAGCAUGAAGAGAUUGGUAUUAAAAUCCCUCUACCUGACAUUACUAGCCUGGGUGUUCCAGUCUCUUCACUCAGUUGCCUGGAGCAGGUCACACCCAUAGCCAGGCACAGACAGGAACACUAUCUCCUUCACUUUAGAAUAACUCCAGAUAAGUUGGAGCCGGAGCAAGCGUGCUAUCUUUUUCUGGCAGUCAAUUCUGAGGGUGGGGAAUUCGCGUUCUUCACCAUGGAAAUGCAGGAGUUUCUGGAUGUUUUGGCCUGUGCCAGGGGAAUUGGCUGUGACCCACCUUUAGCUUGCUUGCUUUCUCACCACAAAGAAUUCCAUGUGUCCAAUGUCUGUCAUGUGGAGAUAUAUCAUCAUGAUUGUCAUGGUGAGACUUCAGACUCAGUCUACCAGGUACCACAACUCAUCAAGACCCACAUCAUCCCACUAUUCCUCUCAAGCCCACCUCACUCCAUUCUACCCAUGGUGCUCUUUCACCCGUUGACUGAUGACAAGCUCGUGUUUUUUCACCUGAAUUCUGAACAGCAUGUGGAGUUUGAAAGGGUCUCUGAGGCUUGGCUGAGUGAAUACAGCCUUCAGGCAAUACCUGAAUAUACUAAGCUGAAUUUACUUAGUGUGUUAGAGGAAAUGGCAGCCACAAAGCCAAAGUUUCAGAAUGCAGAGUUUUCCCAGAUGGUUCAUGUUUUGGCUGUGAGUUUUACCCUCACUGACAUGUCACGACGAGGACUCCGCAGUGUUGCUGUCAUCCUCCUCAACGCAUACAGCUACCAGAGUCUAAAGAAGAUAAUUUUGCCUGUACAGACUUUGCCUGAACAUGUAUCCCUUCGUAGUGGAAACUGGAUUGACCCCGAAAAACUGGUGUGCUUUAAGUCUUACACUCCAGUGUUUAGCAAGUGUGGUCAGAAAAUGGCGGUGGCCAGAUGCCUGGGGCGCAAAACCAGUGUGUAUGUGUACAGAAUUCCUGUUUGUAUCAGUUUGCAGAGUCAGUGUCGCAGGGUCUUAAGAAAACAUGCGACCAAACAGGGAAUCCAGUCAUUACCAUUGCCUCCCAUUCUUCGUAAAUACCUUGAGUUUUCCUAA